AUGCGUAUUCACGCUCCUCUUGGCGUCCUGGCCUUUGGCCUCCUCGGCUUGACGUCGGCCGAUACUUUCCCUCCCGACGACGGUUACGGAGGCGGCACUUGUGCCCCCACGGCUACCACCACUGUCUUUGUCACAGUUCCUGCCACCAACGCCGCUUCUCCUCCCUUUGUGGCUGGUCCUCAGACUGUCACCGUCACUAUCCCUGCUUCUGGCAAUGGAGCUCCUGGAAACCCUCUUUCUCCCGUCUAUACAGUUACCGUCCAGACCUUUGGUCCUGGUGAGAGCUCCCCCUACAACGGCCCACGUCCCUGGGAAUCCCGCUUGACAGCUACUGGGGUUUCUACCCGCACUGUCACCCUACCUGCUCCGGACGAUGUGCCCUCUGCCCCAACUGGUGGCAAUGGGUCUCCUGGCACAAACUCCCCUGGCCCUGACGACAACACUGGUACCCCUGGCACACCUGGCACGCCUGGCACGCCUGGCACGGGAAGCCCCGGCACCGAUGGUGGAAAUGGCUCCCCUGCGCCAGAUGGUGCCUCUGACAACCCUGGUUCAUCUGGCGGCUCACCUGCAGACGGUUCUCAGUCCGACCCUGACUGUGUCACUGUCAUCACCACUACCUUAUACAGAACAGAGCCCGGCACCGGCAACGGUUCGCCCACCGUGGACACUGUCGUCGCUACCCUCACAUUUACCUAUCCCCAUGACGCAGACGGAUCUAACAAUGAUGGUUCUGGCACAGUUGCCACGAAUGCUCCCAACGGUGGGCAAUUGCAGCCAUCGAUCAUUACCAGGACCGUUUAUCAACCUGCUUUAGGACCAGGUCAGCCUUCGCCAUCUCCAAGCUUGAUCGUCGAGACCAUCACCAUUCAAGCACAAGACCCGAAUGCAUCUGGCAGCAACGGCCCAGGCGUCACUGCUGUACCUGACAUUCCUGGUGACGGCAACAGUGGCCCGUUUUCUGUCAUUACCACAACCCUUUAUCACACAAGGACCAUUCCCGGGCAGGCUGUUGUCACCACUGACACCAUCGUUGCCAGCUUCACAGUUGCUUUCCCUCCGACGUCUCCCACCAACUCUGGCAACGAUGGCUCAUCCGGUUCCCCCGCAGGCAUCGAUGACAGUGUCACUUUCAUCACUACUACUUGGUACGAGACCACCACGUGUCUGGAUUCGUUGGGUAACCCCACACCCACUGUCGUGACGCAUGCCACUACCAUCGCGAGCGUGCUCCCUCUCCAGGCUUCCAACGUGCCGGAUUCUGGCGUCGGUUCACAGGCCUCAGGAGACCAUGGCGAUCUUGUCACCGUCAUCACCGAAACUGUCUAUCGUCCCGUCCCGUCACCUGGGGCCAAUGGAGAAGAUUCACCACUCGUUGAUACCAUUGUCGCUACAAUUACUGCCACAUUCCCGGGUGAUGCCACGGAUGACGGCUCAACAGGCGCUGACAUUGUCACGGUCAUCGUCACAACGCUCUAUGUCACCGCGACCUCACCAGCAGGCUCUGCCGACGAGCUCACCUCCUCCAAUGGUGCCGUUGUUCAGACAUUGACCGUGACGAUCCCAAGUCCGUCACCUGUCCCAGGUGGCGCCUUGACUGGCGCUCCCGUGGUAACUCCCGGAUCAGGCAACGGCAUUGGGCCAGACAAUGUCAUCACUACAUCACUGUAUCGUACGGCCACGUAUAUCGGUCCUGACGGCCAGGCUACUGUCACAACCGAAACAUACGUCGCAACUAUCACCGCCGGCACUUCGCCUUUUGGUCCCUACCUUCCUACUGGUGUCCCCACAGGUGCUCCAGGUAACAGCAAUCCCCAAGUCACUGCUGUCACACAAACACUUUACCCAACAGGCUCUAUCCCUGACAACUAUGGUGUCCCCGGCUCUGGUGUCCCCGGCUCUGGUGUCCCCGGCUCAGGUGUCCCAGGGUCCGGGCUCCCGGGUUUCCCUGGUGGCUCUUCUCCCUCAGUCGUCGUCUACACUACGACACUCCUCCCAGGUGGCCUGGUUCCAAAUGAUCCAUGUGGCAAUGGUGCUAGCACCGUUAUCACUGUUACCUACCCCAAUCCCACGGCAACUGGGCCCAACGACAGUAUUGUGCAGACCCUGACGUACAUCUUCCCACCAGCCACGCCAGGUGCCGGCGGUGGACUGCCCAGCACCCCAACAAAUCUUCCUGGCGGUCUUGGAUCUCCUGACCAGGCUUCUCCAGUUGGCUACAAUUCCGACCUCACAGCCGGAACAGCAAUUCCAUUACCGCCCGACGGUAGCGCUGGCGAAAUAUCGGGCACACUCUAUCUUACCAGCACUUUCGUCGUGACUCAGACCGUCCCAGCUGCCUACAACAAUGGCAACAGCGUCGUGACAUACCUCUCUGUUGCCACGGUCGGCACUGCAUUGCCUUCCGUUGCUUCUGGUGCUGGUGGUGUGUCUGGGCAGCCAGGGCAACUACAGCCCCCUGUGCCUGGAGGUCAACCUGGAAGUGGCCAAGUUGAACCACCUGCCUCGGGCGCUGGCCAACCCGGCACUGAUCAACCUAGUACUGGACUGCCUGGCAAUGGUCAACCUGGCACCGGACAGCCUGGUACCGGACAACCUGGCAUCGGUCAACCCGGCACUGGUCAACCCGGUACUGGUCAAUCACAACCACUUGUUCCUGGCACCGGACAGCCCGGGGCUGCGCAACCUCAGCCACUUGUUUCCGGGGGUUCCUCUCCUGCGUCGGCGCCUUGUACUUCUGGUUUGCAAACAGGACUCGGAGGUCUCUCAGGAACCGUUGCUCCUGCUCAGCCAUUACCACCAUCUGGUGAGACCACACUGCCUGGUGGUUAUGGAUUCACCCAACCCCCGGUGCAGCCUCCCGCUGGCGUGCCCACUCCCGCUCAGCCCGUCAACAACCCACUGUUUUCAAUCUCGGGUGCUCUCCCCCUCAUUGGAACCCAGUCACUCAAUACUCUUCUUCCUACCAGUGUUCCGCAGCCGCCUUCUGGUAUUCCUCCAGCCGCGGGAAACCCUGCCCAACAAGUUCCCGGUGCUGCUGCUGGACACAACAGCAAGGAUUGUUCCACCACUCUGCGAACCUUGAUUGUCACCUCUGUCCAGACCAGCACAUUCUUCAAUAUCGUGCCUGAACUAACCACGACGUAUACCUUCCCGUAUCAAGCACUCGUCACAGUCGAAAGCACCAUUGUGACAGCAGAGCUGGCCCCAACUCUUUUGAAGAAAUUCAGGCGCCAGCAUGACGAACCCCUUGUCUUUGCAAAUACAACUCAAGGAGGCCACCCAGCGUCGUUCGCGCCCCCUGUCGAUGCCACUCUAAUCACGAUCCAGCCUGCGGUGAUCCCAACAGCUCUGAGGCAUUUCAAGAGACACGUUGACAUCAAACCGGCCUUUGCCAACACUACCACAACUGCCUCCAGACCCACUGACAUUACUGGAGAGCCGACAUUAUCAACUCUUUUUCCAAACCCAAGUCAUGGAAACUCCACCUUGAUUUCGACUUCAUCGCUUCCAACUUUGUCUGGAACUACUUUGCAGCGAUCUACUGCGUCUCCUGUCCGCGAUCAUACCAGCAGUAGUCUCUCUUCAAAGUUGUCCGACACGUCAAGCAACAUCUUGACGGCAUCCGCCACCAUACCUGUUCAAGUUCCAAUCUGCACGGGAGCAAAGGAAGUCGGUAACCAGGUGCUUGAUUUUGAUGAGCUGCCCGUCGGCCCACUCUACAAUCCGUACAGUCGCUUCUGGUUUUCCACUGGAUUCCUCAUCGCGCCUCCGCCAUCAGUGCCAUAUACCCCUUCGUCUGGAGGCCGACUUCUCGAGUUCGUGCCUCCAGUGCUUACGAACGGCACGCUUGACACCUCGCAGUUCGGGGCUGGCAUUGAUGCAGCUUCGAACUGUUUCCGAUUCAAUUUCUUCGGCGCCAAUCUUGGCUGCGAUGCCCAUGGGGAGAAUCAGUUCUGCGAAUUCACCUUCACCGGCUACCGCUUCAACUCGACCCUCAAUGCCGAAGCCGAAGUCUUGUCGCAAGUCACAUGGGUGCCAUCAUGCCCCACGCUCAAGGAAUGCAAUCUUACGCCAUUCUCGGUCGAGGGAUUCAACAACCUUUCAUCUGUUCUUGUCACUCUUCGGGUUGACGGCAAGCCUGGCCCUUGGUGGGCGGAUGAUCUAAAGGUUGGCUGGACUGACAACAGCUGCGAUGCGGCCCGGUGCCGCGCUGGCACACCACACCACACAGCCAUCAAGCGUGGUAAAGAAGGCGAGCCCGUCUGGUACUGGACUCCUGGCGGUCUGCGUCGGCUCGGGUCCCGCUUCAUGAAGUUCAGGGGUUGA